GUCGCCUCGGGCGCCCGUCGAGCCGCCGCGUGGCUGUCCCCCGCGCCCUGCCGCUGUCGCCCCAAACUGUGGCCAGCGCCGCCCAGGUUCGGUGCCAGGGACGAGCCAGAGUUUUCAAGAUGAAUUAUACCGAGUCAAGCCCGUUGACAGAAUCAACUGCAUUAGGUUUUACACCUGAGUUAGAAAGUAUCAUAAUCGUGCCUUCCAAUGAGACCGUAUGUGAAAACUGGAGAGAGAUACAUCAUCUAGUUUUUCAUGUUGCGAAUAUUUUUUUCACAAUUGGGUUGGUUAUUCCAACUAGUCUUCACCUUCAUAUGAUACUUCUUAGAGGGAUGUUAACAAUAGGGUGUACCCUUUAUAUUGUCUGGGCCACUCUCUACCGAUGUGCCUUGGAUAUCAUGAUCUGGAACUCUGUGUUCCUGGGUGUCAACAUUUUGCAUCUGUCAUAUCUUUUGUACAAGAAAAGACCGGUAAGGAUUGAAAAGGAGCUCAGCGGCAUCUACCGCCGAUUGUUUGAACCACUCCGUGUGCCUCCAGAUUUGUUCAGAAGAUUAACUGGACAGUUUUGUAUGAUCCAAACCUUAAAAAAGGGCCAGGCUUAUGCUGCAGAGGAUAAAACCUCAGUUGACGACCGUCUAAGUAUUCUCCUGAAGGGGAAAAUGAAGGUUUCCUAUCGAGGACAUUUUCUGCAUAACAUUUACCCCUGUGCCUUUAUAGAUUCACCAGAAUUUAGAUCAACUCAGAUGCACAAAGGUGAAAAAUUCCAGGUCACCAUCGUUGCAGAUGAUAACUGCAGAUUUUUGUGCUGGUCAAGAGAAAGAUUAACUUACUUUCUGGAAUCAGAACCGUUUCUAUAUGAAAUAUUUAGGUAUCUCAUAGGAAAAGACAUUACCAAUAAGCUCUACUCGUUGAAUGAUCCCACCUUAAAUGAUAAAAAGGCCAAAAAGUUGGAACACCAGCUCAGCCUGUGCACACAGAUCUCCAUGCUGGAGAUGAGGAACAGUAUAGCCAGCUCCAGUGACAGUGAGGACGGCUUACACCAGUUUCUUCGGGCCACCUCCAGCAUGUCCUCUCUCCAUGUGCCAUCCCCACACCAGCGCGGCUCUGCCAAGAUGAAACCGAUAGAAGAAGGCGUGGAAGAUGACGACGAGGUCUUUGAGCCCCCGUCUCCAAAUGCAUUUAAAGUUCAUCAGUUGCCUUGAUCAGGCAGAGGGGCCAAGUUACCAAGAUGGGGUCUGUCUUGAAGAGAUCCUGAAAAAUACCAGCACUUCUUCGUGGCUUAUGAUCACUCUGCUUGAGCACUGCUAGUCUGAGGGCAGGAGAGGAAGGAAGGGCCGAAACCUGGGAAGGUUAUGUUUGCUCUCCUUUUUUAUUGAUCAGCUUUCUAAGCAAUUGUUUUACUGAGCCUUCUGACGAAACCUAGUUCUAUUUUGAGAUAUAUAUUUUCAUAGUAUUUUCUAGAUAUAUUAUUGUUUUAACUUAGCACUGUCAAUGCAAAUACCUUUUCACUUACCUUUUCUGAGUUGUGGUUCAUUUUCCUCACAGUUUUUUCUCCACCGUGGCAAUGGGUUGUCUAUUUGAUAGUUUUAAUGAGCAGUAUAAGUUUGAAAUCGAAGUUGAGAUAGCAUUCAAAAGCAGGGAUUCUCAGGCCUUGUUCAAUUGAUUUUUUAGCUGGAAAAUUUCAAAGAAAGAUGUGAUUUGACUGGUGUUUUCUAUGUGUUUUUCCCCCCUCCCAAAUCAGACACAGGAGUCCACUAGCUCACUUUACUUAUUGGGCAUUGUGUAGAGAUAAAGAACAAAACUUAUCAGACUUUCUUCACGUUACCCUUAUAUCAUGCUGUUUAUAAUCGGGUCUGAAACCCAAAACUGCAAAGAUAGCAGAUGGAAGGAUUCAGAGCUCAGUAAGUUGGCAAAACUCAACUCACCUGUGAUUUGGAGCCAUCCUGACCUACACAGUCUGGAGUGGGGAACGCUUUACUCAGGGUGGGGACUCAGGUGGCCAAACAAAUGUUACAAAAUGAGGCAACCGAAGGAGCAAUUUUCAUUCUCUGGUCGGUGUUCUGACGUUUCAAACUGUCCCUCCAGAAUCAUCAGUGUCUUUUUAAAAUGUGUGCCAGAGACCCAAUGCCGGAGUUACGAAUGUGAACACAGCUUUGGGGGCAGACAGUUCCCCAUAAGCCAAGAGAUGGGCACCCAACCUAGAAGUUGCUUUGAAGGCUUUGAUUCCAGAUUCCCCCCCCCUUUUUUUUUUUUACUAG